AUGGAACAAAUUGAAGUUUCCUUGCAAGGCAGCAAUGCCGAGCUGCACGAAGACAACUUGCCUCCAGUCGACAGAGGGCGCGGCGCAUGGGGUUUCCUUACGGCAUGCUUCAUGAUAGAAGCUUUGAUUUGGGGAUUCACGUUCUCUUAUGGAAUUUUCCAGGAUUACUACAGCACCCAUGAGCCCUUCAAGAGCUCCGGUGACAUUGCCAUGGUCGGCACUUGCGCAAUGGGUAUUUCCUACAUGCUCAUGCCCGUCGCCUUUAUUUUGCUUCAGGCAGUUCCCCGUCUUAAGCUGUGGGCUGCCCCACUGGGUUUCCUUAUCAUGUGUCUCGCCCUAGCGCUGAGCUCCUUCGCCAGCAAUACGACACAUCUCAUUGUUUCUCAGGGCGUGGCGUAUGGAAUCGGUGCAAGCCUGGCCUAUGCGCCUACUAUUGUCUUUAUGGAUGACUGGUUUGUGCAAAGGAAGGGACUUGCCUUCGGUGUUAUGUGGGCUGGAACUGGAUUAUCCGGUGUCAUUCUUCCACUCGUGCUGCAGUGGCUAUUGGACAGCUUCGGCCAUCAAACAGCUCUCCGAGCUUGGUCCAUUACUCUUCUCGUGAUGGGUGGCCCGCUUCUCUACUUUGUUCGACCUCGACUCCCUAUUUCCCGGACCUCUCGUUCUCGACCAUUGGAUUUCUGUUUCUUGUGGAACUCGACCUUCGUGGUCUACGAGACUGGAAACAUCCUUGAAGCCAUGGGGUACUUUCUCCCAACUAUCUAUCUUCCGACCUAUGCUCGCAGCUUGGGGGCAGGUGGCAUUCAAGCUGCUUUGACGGUUAUACUGUUCAAUCUUGCUUCUGUAUUUGGCUGCGUUAUCAUGGGUUCCAUGGUAGAUCGUUUCCAUGCUACCACCUGCAUCCUCGCCUCCACUAUUGGAAGCACCAUUGCAGUAUUCUUAAUAUGGGGAUUCGCCGACUCUAUGGCGCCUCUCUACAUCUUCUGUAUCUUCUACGGUCUCUUUGCAGGGUCAUUUACUUCCACGUGGCCAGCCAUCGUCAACGAAGUCCGAAAGAAGAGUGUCUACGCUGAUCCAAGCAUCGUAUUUGGGUUCUUGUCCACUGGUAGGGGCAUUGGUAACGUCAUCAGCGGUCCGCUUAGUGAAGCUUUGCUCAAGAACAAUGCCUGGAAAGGCGUGGCUGCGAAGGCAUACGGGUCCGGUUACGGUCCCUUGAUCGCUUUCACUGGGGUCUCCGCACUUCUUGGUGGUUUUGGUAUUCUCAUGAGGUCGUCUCGACUCUCGUAG